AUGGAAGUAUGUUCAGAUGAAGAAGCUUAUAAUAGAUGUAAUACAUAUGCUCUAAGAAAAGGUUUUAGUAUCUGUAAAGGGCAUAUUCGAAGAGAUGUAUCAAAAAAUAUUAAACUGCGAGAAUUUUUAUGUUCAAAGGAAGGGUUUCAAAGGGACGAAGAAUUGCUUGAAGUGAAGAAGUAUAAUAGACUAGAAGAAAGACAAUUUCUUAGAUCAGGAUGUAGGGUGUCUAAUGCUCAAGCAAAUGUCAUUAAUUCCAUGGUUAAUGCUGGUAUAGGACCAACAAAAUCAUACUUUUAUUUAACAAAUAAGGUUGGUGGAGCUGAAAACAUUGGAUUUACCAAAAAGGAUAUGAGAAAUUAUUUGCAAAGAAUAAAAGAUGACAAUUUUUUUUGGAGAGAUAGUAGGUCAAAGUUAGAUUAUGAUUGCUUUGGUGGUGUUGUAUGUUUUGAUACUACUUUUCAUACUAAUAAGUACAAUUUGAUAUGUGCUCCAUUUGUUGGAGUUAACCAUCAUUGGAAAAAUGUUUUAUUCAGUUGUGCAUUUUUAUUAGACGAAGCCACGGAAUCAUUUAUUUGGUUGUUCGAGUCACUUAAAGAGUCCAUGGGAAAUGGACAAUCAAAAACUAUUUUCACAGAUGAGAACAAAGCAAUGGCAAAUGCAAUUGAAAUAUCAAAAGGCAGUUCAAUAAAUGUUUCUAUGGGUGUUAUAGUGAAGAAGAAUUUCAAGUUUCUUGGGAUGAUAUGA